UUCGUGCUGCUUUUUUUUUUUUGCAUGAAAGUCUAGGGUGAAAAAUCUCAAUUUUCUGAGGACGAUGGCUGGAUGAUGAAGUGUGUGCACUUGUGGAGUUGAGAAACUGAUCGAAGAUAAUUGGAUCCUGAGGGCUUAAUACUUCUGUUUUAAUUUCAGGGUUUGUAAAUUUAAGGAGAUGAACAUGGCUGAAGAUGACAAGCUGUUGAUCAAUAUUGGAGAGGAAGAAAAUGCUGGAACAAAAGAUAACACACUGUCCAACUACACAGACAAUUCGUCGAUAAAUUUGAUGGAAGAAGGGAGCAGAAGUACUAAUGACAUCGCCACCGGCGGCAAGAAGCGCAAUGUCCGGCCAUACCUCCGAUCAAAAAUGCCGCGGCUCCGGUGGACCCCCGACCUCCAUCUAUCCUUUAUACAUGCUAUUCAGAGACUUGGUGGCCAGGAGAGAGCAACCCCUAAAGCAGUUCUUCAAUUGAUGAAUGUAAGAGGGCUCAGAAUAUCUCAUGUCAAAAGCCAUCUACAGAUGUACAGAAGCAAGAAAAUGGAUGAAUCUUGCAAAGGCCAAGCUAAUAGGAUCUACAUUCAUGGGAGGAACUACCUUUCUGGAACUACACAAUUAAACAAAUUCAGCCCUUUUCAUCAUCUGAGACUACAAAAUGGUGGCAUUGUUUUCGCGAGGGACUCGAAUCAGGCCGAUCGCGCAAAGUUCUUCGCGCAAAAUCCCGACGAAUCGCACCCUUGGGUUUCUUCCAAGCAUCAAAGAAGAAGGCCUAAUUGGCACCAAUAUUCGAUGAUCGUGAAUCAAUUUAAAUCGAGAGAAAUGAUCAUAUCCACACCCAACAUUUGUUCAAACUCAGUUUCACAAAACUCAAUCAAAAGACAAUCAUGUUUGACCUCAAUUGGCAGCAGCAGGAGCAGCACAAAUAACACGAAUCCAUCUAUCAAGAUCGAACAUCCCACAAGGCUUUAUAUAAACGAGGAGAAGAAAAAGAUCGAUCGGCAUUUGAAUGAUCUACAGCUUAAUUUGAGCCUAAGUCUGAGCAGCAAUGGAUACAGCAAAUGCAGUGGGGAUUCGGACAUUAUUAACACAAAGCUUUCACUUGCCUGAACAUGACCUUGCUAAUUCAUGAUACCUGACAUUCUUUGUUCAUGUGCUCAGAGACAUAUAUAAUCUUGCACUUCAUAUUAAUUAAUUAACCGUUAAUUCGAGAUCGAUCGAGAUCUUGUUAUUAUUUAGACAUAAUCAUACACUUCAUUAUCUGUACAUGGUUGAGGACAAA